GUCUUGCACGUGUGUCACUUUGUAAGGGGAGAACAUGGCGGAUAGCGUCUUGCUAAUCGGUAGUGGAGGCAGAGAACAUGCUUUAGCAUGGAAGUUAGCCCAAUCAAACCACGUUUCACGUAUCUUCGUAGCACCAGGAAAUGCUGGGACACAAMCCAUUACAAAAGUCACAAAUGUACCUUCUUCAGACCUAAACUCGUCCCAAAAUGAGGAUGUUGUAAAAUUUUGUCAGGAAAACCAAAUUGACUUCGUAGUUGUUGGCCCGGAGGCUCCUCUUGCUAAUGGCAUUUCUGAUUCACUACAACAAGCUAAUAUAAUGUGCUUUGGGCCUAGUAAGGAAGCRGCGAGGAUCGAAUCUAGUAAAUCUUUCGCGAAGGACUUUAUGAAACGUCAUGACAUACCUACUGCGAGAUUUGAAAACUUUACAAACUUUGAUAAAGCAAUUGAACAUAUAAGAAAUGCUGAUUAUCCUGCUUUGGUAGUUAAAGCAAGUGGUCUCGCGGCAGGGAAAGGAGUUAUAGUUGCUAAAGACAAACUUGAAGCAGAGGAGGCAGUGCAAGACAUGUUGAAGAAAAAUGCCUUUGGUGAGGCUGGAAGCACUAUUGUCAUUGAGGAGUUACUAGAAGGAGAAGAAUUUUCUGUUCUGGCAUUCACUGAUAGUAAAACAGUUGCUGUUAUGCCUCCUGCACAAGAUCACAAAAGACUCCUUGAUGGCGACAAAGGUCCAAACACUGGGGGCAUGGGAGCCUAUGCGCCYUGCCCACAAGUUUCAAAUGAGCUCAURYAUGUGGUAAGAACUGACAUUCUUCAGAAGGCAGUCGAUGGUAUGAGAGCAGAAGGAUUUCCCUACAUUGGUGUUUUGUAUGCUGGUAUUAUGAUGACAAGUGAMGGACCUAAGGUUUUAGAAUAUAACUGUAGAUUUGGAGAUCCAGAAACCCAAGUUUUGAUGCCCUUGAUGAGGAGUGACCUUUAUGCUGUCAUGAUGGAGUGUGUCAGUGGUGAGCUGGAAUCAUCAAUGCCUCAAUUUUAUCAAGAUAAGUCAGCUGUUGCUGUAGUACUUGCAAGCCAAGGUUAUCCAGCUUCUUAUAAGAAAGGUUUUACUAUACAUGGAUUGGAUUCAAAUGAGGAUGGCAAAGAAAGUCUUGUGUUUCAUGCUGGUACAGCAGUAAGUGGCCAGGAAGUCGUUACCUCUGGAGGACGUGUCUUGGCUGUCGUCAGUGUUGGAAAAUCUGUAAUUGAAGCCCAGCAGGAGGUGUAUAAAGAUGUGCUGAAUAUUUGCUUCGAUGGAGUUCAGUAUCGAAAGGAUAUCGCUCUCAAAGCAUGCAAGUCUACUAGUUUAACUUACAAGUCAUCAGGAGUCAACAUUGAUGCUGGUAAUGCGCUAGUACAGUCUAUCAAGCCUCUGGCUGCCURGACAUCUCGCAAUGGUUGUAAUGCAGACCUUGGUGGGUUUGGUGGCUGUUUUGAUCUCAAAGCUGCUGGAUACAAAGAUCCUUUGUUAGUUAGCGGGACAGAUGGAGUGGGCACAAAGUUAAAGAUUGCACAAAUUACUGGUUGCCAUGGCACUAUUGGUAUUGACCUGGUUGCUAUGUGUGUGAAUGACAUAUUAGCACACGGUGCAGAGCCACUUUAUUUCCUUGAUUACUUUGCCUGCGGAAAACUUGAUGUGGGUGUGGCCAGGGAAGUUAUUAGUGGUAUAACUAAAGGGUGUCUACAAGCAGGGUGUGCACUCAUUGGAGGUGAAACAGCAGAAAUGCCAGGAAUGUACAAACCUGGCGACUAUGAUCUUGCUGGAUUUGCAGUUGGRGCAGUGGAGAGAACUAAUARGUUGCCARGGAGACAGUCAAUUCAACCAGGGGAUMAUGUUAUAGGGCUUGCUUCAUCUGGUAUCCAUAGCAAUGGGUAUAGUCURGUUCGUAAGAUUGUUGACAGUWGRGGCUUGGACAUGAAUUCACCUUCUCCAUUCAAGAUUACAGAUGGUCUUCAGUCUGUGACUACUUUGGGUGAAGCUUUGUUGGRUCCAACACAAAUAUACUGCAAGGCUGUGUUACCACUUAUGAAAGACAACAUGGUUAAAGGGUUUGCACAUAUAACAGGUGGUGGACUACUAGAAAAUAUCCCUCGUGUUUUACCAGAUAAUUGUAAUGUUUGCAUUGAUGCUAAUACRUGGGAUGUUAACCCUGUGUUUGCAUGGAUAUCUCGGCAAGGAAGUAUAUCUCAGCGUGAGAUGAGCAGGACAUUUAACUGUGGUAUUGGUGCAGUGUUGGUAGUUAACAGUGCCGAUAGUAGCCAUGUUUUGGACGCUUUGAAGACAGCUGGGGAGAAAGCCUGGAUCAUUGGAAAGGUUACAGAAAAUACAAACCCAGAAAACAGAGUCACUAUAGAAAACCUAGAAGAAGCUCUUGAUCGAGCAUCAGUUGACGUCAAUGUUACAAGUUUCAAAGCUGUCAAUAUGGGGUUUAAGAAACUUAAAGUGAGCAAUGGGGACAUUAAAAACAAGAAACGUAUCGGAGUUUUAAUCUCUGGCUCAGGGACAAACCUCCAGGCGUUGAUUGACAGGAGUCUGCGGCAUGACAGUAGUUCAGAUAUUGUACUGGUUGUUAGUAACAAGCCUGGUGUUAAGGGACUUGAAAGAGCACAAAAUGUUGGGAUACCAACAAAGGUAUUCUUNACUCAAGAAGCAGUUCCUGUUCUUUCUGGUGAUACAAUUGAAACCCUCCAAGAACGUGUAAAGACAGCAGAGCACCGUGCUUACCCAAGAGCCAUGGAAAUGCUGGCAAGUGGGAAAAUUGUCUUGGGUAAAAAUGGCAAAGUUGAACGUUUAAAAAGCUGAUUUUAGCUUGUUUAGGAGGACUAAUUCGA